AGCCCGAGACCUGGCCGGCUUCGCCAAGGGCUGACGCGCCGGAGAAAAGUUGUGCCUUGACCUUCUCUCGCCUGGUGAUUUGUCCCCCGGUCCCCAGGCUGAGUGGAAGCCAGGACUGGAGGUCACCGCGUCCAGACGCCUGAGGGCAACUGCCCGGGCGUCCGGAGUUGGGUGUUGGGCCCGGGAGAAGCCGACUCUGUCCCCGCGGCUAGUGCCCUGAGCCCUGGCAGCUCGGUUGUCCCCGGGAUCUCCGCACAAACUUUCUGACUGUCGAGGGGACACCGCGUGGAGGGAGGAUUCGUGGCCGCCCGUAGAGCAGUGGUGGCAGAAGUUGGUUUAGCGGCUCCCAUUGCAUAUUCAAUUUGUUGAAUUCUGCUGUGAGGCCUUCAAGCAGUGAUGUCACCAAACCAGUUGUGAAACAGGUUUUGGGAAGUGACCAUGAAGACUGAAGAAGUUACAUUUUUCACAUGAUAAUUGAAGUUAAUGACUACCUACAAUAUUUUCAUGAAAAUUAAGUAUGACUUAGAAGUGUCAAAGGUUUAUGAUGUCAUCAGUUUCAACAGAAAGCAAACUUCAGCAGGCUGUCAGCCUGAAGGGAGUUGACCCAGAAACAUGCAUGAUUGUGUUUAAGAACCACUGGGCACAGGUUGUGAAGAUCUUAGAGAAGCAUGACCCCUUGAAGAACACCCAGGCAAAAUAUGGAUCGAUCCCUCCAGAUGAGGCCAGCGCUGUGCAGAACUAUGUGGAACACAUGCUGUUCCUGCUCAUUGAAGAACAAGCCAAGGAUGCUGCCAUGGGGCCAAUUCUGGAGUUUGUGGUCUGUGAGAACAUCAUGGAAAAGCUUUUCCUCUGGAGCCUGAGGCGGGAGUUCACCGACGAAACCAAACUGGAGCAGCUGAAGAUGUACGAAAUGCUGGUCACGCAGUCGUACCAGCCCCUGCUGCACCAUAAGCCCAUCCUGAAACCCCUGAUGAUGCUGCUGAGCUCCUGUUCGGGGACAACCACCCCAGCCGUGGAGGCAAAGCUGGUCGUCCUGCUCAACCAGCUCUGCUCCAUCCUUGCCAAAGACCCAUCCAUUCUGGAACUCUUCUUCCACACCAGUGAGGACCAAGGGGCCGCCAACUUCCUCAUCUUCUCUCUCCUGAUACCCUUCAUUCAUCGGGAGGGCACAGUAGGCCAGCAAGCUCGGGAUGCUUUGCUGUUUAUCAUGUCUCUCUCCGCGGAGAACAGCAUGGUGGCCAAUCACAUUGUGGAGAACACCUACUUCUGUCCAGUACUUGCAACUGGACUCAGUGGCCUGUACUCGUCCCUGCCCACGAAGCUGGAAGAAAAGGGCGAGGAGUGGCAUUGCCUUCUGAAGGACGACUGGCUCCUGCUGCCCCCCCUCGUGCAGUUCAUGAACUCUCUGGAGUUCUGUAACGCCGUCAUCCAGGUGGCCCACCCCUUGAUCCGCUCUCAGCUCGUCAGCUACAUCUACAAUGGCUUCUUGGUACCAGUGUUGGCUCCCGCCCUCCAUAAGGUGACGGUGGAAGAGGUCAUGACCACAACUGCAUACCUGGACCUUUUCCUACGCAGCAUCUCGGAGCCAGCGCUCCUGGAGAUCUUCCUCCGUUUCAUCCUAUUGCACCAGCAUGAGAACGUCCACAUCCUGGACACGCUCACCAGCCGAAUCAACACCCCUUUUCGGCUUUGUGUGGUGUCCCUGGCCUUGUUCCGAACUCUCAUUGGUUUGCACUGUGAAGAUGUGAUGUUGCAGCUGGUUUUAAGGUAUCUGAUCCCGUGCAACCACAUGAUGCUGAGCCAAAGGUGGGCUGUGAAGGAAAGAGACUGUUACUCCAUGUCCGCGGCCAAGCUGCUUGCCUUGACCCCCGUCUGCUGUGCCAGCGGCAUCACCCUGACACUUGGGAACCAAGAAAGGGAUUAUAUUCUCUGGUCAAAGUGCACGCAUGAUGGCGCAGGGCCCGAGGAACAGCUGCUGCCAGAAGCACCCUGCCCACCUUCUCCAACCACCCCACUUUCCCCUCCUGCCCCGGCAGCCUGCAUUGUGGAGUACGGGAAGACCCUGGACAUCAGCUACCUGCAGUACCUGUGGGAGGCCCACACCAACAUCCUCCACUGUAUGAGGGACUGCAGAGUGUGGUCAGCCCUCUAUGAUGGGGACUCACCUGACCCUGAGACCUUUCUGCAGAGUCUGCCAGAGGAGAGCCGAGAAGGCUCAGCCCACCCAGAGGCCAGACUCCCUCAGCAGCACACCAGGACAGCAGGGCAGGUGAAGGACAAGAACCAGUCGGAGCUGGAAUGGGACGACAGCUAUGACACCGGUAUCUCGUCUGGGGCAGACGUGGGGUCUCCUGGGCCUUAUGACGAGGUGGAGACUCCAGCUCCACCAGCACCCAUGGAGCCCCCCAAACACAUCCAAGAGAUGAAGAAGAACGCCAUCCUCCUCUUCAAAGGGUCCUACAUAGAAGAGUCAGACUUCCAGGAUGAUGUGAUGGUGUAUAGGCUGUGCGCAGAGAAGGACUCGGAGGACACCAGCGAGCCACAGGGGGUCACAGCCGACCCACCAGCCGAGGCCCAGCCCAAGGCCCAGCCCGAAGAAGACCAGAGUCCCCCUGUGAGCAAUGGACCUCUCUUUAGCCCCGAUCCUGAGGCAGAGCCACAACCCAGCCUGGAGAGUUCAGACCUAUGUCAGAGCGUGUUUUCUGAAGCCACGCAAGAGCAUGACGCUGAUGCAGGCUUGGACUCAAACUCGGAAUCAAUAGUCCCCGCAUCUGAAGCAGAAGUCCAGUCAGACCUGCCGGCCGCCAACACAGAGAGUGAUCUCAUUGCACAGUACGACAAGAUCAUCCAAGAACUGGAUUCUGGCCCCGAGGGCUUGAUGGACCAGACCAUCACCACGUCUGACCCCCUGAUUCUUACAAACCAGGACGAGAAGCAAGAGGAAGGCAGAGAAGAGGAAGAGGAUGACUUCGACUCCCUCAUGGCAGCAAGUCCUGCUGCGGAGACUGUGCCUUCCCCGUUUGGCAUCAGAGAGGACACGGCCUUGCCCGGUCACCAUCCCGCGAGGACUCAAAGUGCCCCAUUCACAGGUCCAUUCAUCAGUGUGGUCCUGUCGAAGCUGGAGAAUAUGCUGGAGAACUCUCUGCAUGUCAACUUGCUGCUGAUUGGCAUCAUCACCCAGCUGGCCAGCUACCCACAGCCACUCCUGCGCUCCUUCCUCCUCAACACCAACAUGGUCUUCCAGCCUAGCGUCCGCUCUCUCUACCAGGUCCUUGCUUCUGUGAAAAACAAGAUUGAGCAGUUUGCUUCCAUGGAGAGAGAUUUCCCAGGGCUCCUCCUCCAAGCCCAGCAGUACCUGCUCUUCCGGGUGGACAUGUCUGAUGUGACCUCUGCAGCAUUCACCAAAGAUCCCACUCAGGAGGCCUCCAGGACAGAAAGUGACAAGACCCUAACGGAUGGCCCUCCACGUGUGUUUCAGCCCUUCCUGGUCAACAGAACCAAGGUGGCAGGGGCACCCCCAAACCUGCCUCUGCCAGUGAAGAACACCAUGCUGGCUGCCGCUCUCUUCCCAGAGUUCCUGAAGGAGCUGGCAGCCUUGGCCCAAGAACACUCAAUUCUGUGUUACAAGAUCCUGGGGGACUUUGAGGACUCCUGCUGUUAGCUUUUUAUAUUACUAUUUUAAUAGAUACUCGGUUUUAUAAGGUUAUAGCAUCAACUGAAUGUUAAAUGCAAAGCUGCUUAUCAAAAACUCUCCACUUUGAUACUUCCUGACAAUACUUGAUUUGUAGCCGGGUCUCCCUUUGUUAUACAGAAUGUAAGUCUGUCCCCGUGGUGGGUCUUUCUGCUGAGUUUUUCCUCUUUACAAGGUUUAUAGUUGUUCUUCCAUCCCUGGAGCUUGUAGCUCACACAGCGCAGAGGUUCUGUGAUCUCUGGACGCCGUGACGGGGGUCAGCUUUUCAGCAGCCUCAAGGAAGCUCCUCCACAGGGGCAUGCGCACGCCUGCCCUCUCUACCCUCUGAAAGAUGCAAGAGGAGCAUGGAGCUCCGCCUGCCACACAGGUACACCUCAUCUGCUGCUUCAAAUUUUACUUCUAGGACUUGCAAUCUCUCCACACGUAUUGCCUUAUGUUGUGGGAAAAUCCCCCAGCCCCAGCUGUCUGCCCAAAAAGAAUUUGGAAUAUGGGGAGUUUUUAUCUUGUUGCUUGAGAGCUUGCUCUAUCAAGACCAAAACACAAGCCUUAAUAUAGUACGAUUUGCACAAAAUGAAGCAAACUAUGCAAACUCUGGACCUCAGGCAUGUGAUCAGGUGAACAGUGUGGUAUCAUAUACUAAAAACCCAACCCUUAUUGUUUUAUGAAAAGAAACGUUGACUUGUGAAGCUAUAGAGGACUUAGCGGGGGGGGGGGCGCAGAGUUUGAAAUGCAAAAGAUAAAAUUAUACUAUCUGAAACCUGUAGAAACACUGGUAGUUAUUUCAUUUUGCUAACUGGAGGCACGGAUGGAAAUGCAUACAGAUCCCAGGGAGCUGGUGAAGCUAGGUACCUGCUGGGGACCUACAGCUUCGGAUUAAGGAGGCCCCAUGGGACGAAUGCCCAGAUCUGCUCUGGGCCGGGUGAGUAUGCCACAGGCUAAACAGGAGCCCGAUACCCGUCCAUGGAACAUUGCUGACUUAAGAGCGGUUUGCCUAGUCAUGGUACAGGUGCCAUCGUGUAGGAGGUACAGUAAACCGGCCUGCUCCUGCCCUCCUGAUGCGUGCUCACAGGUCUCCCAGAGGAACUGCCACCCCUUCACACACCACUUUGGUCUGGUUAUUUGUGCUUGCCACGCCACUGAAUGCUGAAGCCAUAUCUGCAAAUGGGAGUUCUUUAACCUUGUGGUUUUAUGACUAUAAAUAUCGGUAUUCAUGUCCACAUUUUUUAUUCCUUAAAAAAAUAAAACUGCUAGGCAAGCAUGCUGCUACUUAGCUAUACUCUAUACCUUUUCUACAUAUUUAUUAAUUAUACACCCCCUGUGGCAGGUGCCUGUGGGAAAGUGACUUUGGGUGUCAUCCCCCUCACUACCCCGAGGUACUGAUGCACACUUAUGGUAAAAGGGGGCGGGGGCAGAGAUGACUGCCCGGAGUAUCAGGUGAAGGGGCAGGAAAUCAGAUUACCUGGUGUAGGAUGUUGAUAGCAAACUCACCUGACAACUCUAACUCCAUCUGUUUGAGUCCUUACAGACUUCCCUUAGGACUGUGCUCAGUCUGACAAAAUGCAAGUCAGAAACCUGAGCUGGGAAUGGAGCACUGAGAACCUCAAAGCCCGUGCAGUUGAGCUAAGUAGCCAGGGAUGGUGUGGACAUGGACAUGCCAAGAGCCAAUGUCAUGACGAUUUGAGUGAACGCCGCUCUCCCGCAGGCAGGUGAUGACAGGAGCCCCCUCUCUGUGGGAAGGAGCAGCCGUGAGGUAGGUUAUUUUAGUCCCAAAGUUCACAAGCUGAACCUUUUUAUUCUCUUUUUUGGUAAUACAUUUUGGGAGAAUUUUUAAAGCUAUCUGACGUGUUUAAAAUAUGGUCCGGGGACUAUGUCCUUGUCCCUGUGACAGGUGUCAUCAGCUGCCAUGCUUGAGGGGCAACAGACCCUGGACUGGCGUCACCGUGUCUAGCCUGACAGACCACAGCAGGGACAGGGAGCAGAGGGUUCCUGGAACAUCACAGCAUUAACCUAGAUCUAUAAUUCAGAGUCUGAUUUAAGGUCUACGCUGGAGGAAUUUAUGGUUCAAAAUACACGAGCACACAGGGAUAGUUAAAACUGAUUUUGAAAAUCGUCAGGUAAAUAUAAAAAUUUGAACAAAGAUAAUCCAGUGUAGUUUCAGUUUAAAACACAUUUUCAUGGGAUGAAUUACAAUCUCCCAGAUAUGACAUGCAGUUGCAAGAAGAAUUAAAGGUGGUUUUAUUAUUGAACACUUCCUUUCUGUGGCAGAGCCACUGUGCGAUUGCCUCCAUUUGGUUUAGUAUCAUUGUGGAAGGUGCUGUGACCCGCUGAGAGAGGUGUUGAUGUCUGUUGUGUGACACGGUCCUCGGUGACAAGGAACGGUCCUGAGCCAGUGGCCUUUAUUUGGGUUAGAUGUGGUGCUUAGUUUUCAGCCCAUCAAGAUGUCAGCCUGUGAACAGAAUCUAGAAACGGGAGCUGUGAAUGAUUUGGGUUGCUCCAGUUUGGGCAGCGAGCAUCUGUAUCCUGGCUGUCACGUGCGUUUGCUUCGAGCUCCAUUUAGAGGUCUAAAGUUGUGAUGUGGCUACCCAGACAGGAUUAGCGUAUGCCAGGUGGCUCUCAGUAGGGAAGUCUGGCCAGAGUGGUGGGGCAUGUCACAGCAUGAUGUUAAAUAUGACCAUGCUCCAAUUCUCACUUAAGGGUAGUCUAGUUCAGCUGUGUUUGCAGAGAUGGCUGUCAAGCCUGCCAUCUUUAUGAAAUGCAGGGCAGCUAUUACGGCACACACACUUCAAGUCACUGGCCCAGGACAGCCUAAUGUACAGUCUGCUGUAAACUUCAAGUCAGUUCUGUGGUUGGCUUUUCCUGAAGCCGCAACAGCUUUAAACCGUUAGGGGGACAUCUUAGCCCCUAUUUCAGCUACCAGUCAGUGAGUCACUAAUCUCCAUCACACACCCGUGUGAGCUUGGAACAACUUGUCAAGGGUGUGUACUCUACCCUUACGUCUGUCAGGGAAAGAGACAUUUGAAGAGAAUGGAAUUGGCUGUUUCUUUUUUUUUUGGAAUGACCGUCAUAAACCUAAUGCUUCACAAAAAGCUCUUGGAGGACUCAGAAUAGCUUCUGGGAUAAUUCUGCCUCAGCAAAUCUCCUUACAUCCAGGCAUUUACUAGUCCAUUACUUGUUCUGGAGGACAGAUUAUCUCGGCAGCUAAUUGCCUAGAUGCAGAGGGCUUCAUCAAAAGAUUUUCUGUAAGGUUCUUUAGGGGGAAAGCACUGUGGGCGAGGGAGAGGAAGGCAGGGUGAGUCGGUAUCUGAUUUCUCUGCGGAGUCCACCUGCUGAUGCAGAUGCUCUUGUCUUUGAAGAUGUGAGUUAACCCUGGCCACAGGAUUUUGUCCCCAUAUUCAUUUCAGGGUUCUUUUGUGGCGUUUUUAGAUGAGCUGUGUCACUUCAGAACCUGAAAGGUGAUGGAAAUGCUCAGGGCAGGUUAUUAAUUUCACUGAGCCGAGGCCACGCAAGUCUGUCCUUAGUACAUUUUACUGGGACAAGUCUAUAAAAGGACCACUGAAAGCUAGGCCUCUUUUGCCCCUGUGGACAUUUUACAUGGGAUCUGGUGCUGAUGAACUUUUUAAAGACUCUUGUUCAACCAUGACCUGGGGAGCCAGUGAGAGAGGACUUCAGGCAGUGCCUUCUGCUUCCUCACCUAUGGGAAAGCAGCUCCCAGGUACAUCUGUCUAGAACCUGCCAAAGCAGCCCAGUGGCCACAUCCACACUGUGUCUGAUAAUGGGAAAAUUACAUGACCUUCUAGAUUGAAUUUAGUCAUAACGAAAGGAAAACAGUCAACCUAAUUGAAAGAUACAAUAUAAACGGUGGACCGUGCCACAGGCUACAGUACCAGAAUGACCGACUGGAAGAGGCGCAUGCUCAAGCCUUUCCUGGCUAUUUCCAGAUGAUCAAUAGUUAAGAGGGGCAUGGACGGUACUCACCUCAGUAGAAUACUGGUGGUUUUUCUAUCUGUGCCUUGAGAGAAAUGAACAAAAGCUCUAGCAAGACCUAGCAAGUGCAGAAGGCUGGUGUUAAACAGAGAUGACCCAGAAUGUAACUAGUAGCCCAUUUUACAAAGGGAGGGGUGCAGGAAGCUGCAUCUGUGAUAAACGUACAUUCUGUUAGCGUCCCACGGAGACCAUCCGCAAGCCAUGGUUUGGGCCUAGAGGAGGCAGAG